AUGACGCAACGAGAGUCGUUUCAACCUGAGUUUCAAGCUUUGAAGCGCAAGGGUACCUUGCUUCAAAGGAUACUACCUUUGAAGGGUAGUAAGCUUGCAGCUCUCAGUCCCUUUAUUGAUAAAGAUGGACUCAUUCGCGUGGGUAGUCGACUAUCGACGGCGAACAUUCCUGAAACAGAAAAACAUCCAGAAAAAGUCACGAGGAUAAUCCUGGAAAGAGAGCAUCAUCGGCUGCUUCAUUUUGGUCCAGAACAAUUGCUUCACUCACUUCGGCAGAGGUAUUGGCCACUCAGCGGCCGACGAGAAGCACGAAAAAUGACACGCGGUUGCCUGCAAUGCUUUCGUAGAACACCAAGAGCUCCGGAAGUCAUAAUGGGAGACUUACCAAGAGAUCGAGUACGCGGAUUUGUGAGACCGUUCACGAAUACGGGAGUAAAUUACGCAGGAUCACUCCAAGUACGAGAGAGCCGCAGACGCGGACGAAUUCACAUAGCGAAAGCUUGGAUUGCAGUGUUCACCAGUUUUUCGACGAAGGCGGUGCACCUCGAGCUCGUUACGGAGCUAACGACGGAGUCCUUCUUGGCGGCGUUGCGGAGAUUUGUCGCCAGAAGAGGAGUGUGUUCGCAGAUGUCCUCGGACAACGGCACAAACUUCGUGGGAGCGGCGGGAAAGCUGAGGGAGGUUUACGAGUUCCUCGGGACCGAACACGACGCAAUAUCAAACCACUUGGCUCGGCAGAACAUCGAGCGGAAAUUCAUUCCGCCCCGAGCACCGCAUUUCGGCGGGCUUUGGGAGGCUGCCGUCAAGGCCACGAAGCGGCAUCUCAACACCGUAACGAAAGGAUUGGUCUCUACAUUUGAAGAAUACUACACGCUAGAAAUCGAAUCGAUCCUGAACUCUCGACCUCUUACCCCCUUGUCCAGUGACCCGAAUGACUUGUUAGCUUUGACUCCCGCCCACUUCCUCGUAGGGGACACCCUGUUGUUACCUGCUGAACACAGCUAUGUAAAUGUACCCGACAACAAGCUGUCUCGAUGGCAGCACCUCCAAAAGGUGCGACAGCAUUUUUGGACACGAUGGCAUCGUGAGUAUUUGCAAGAGUUGCAGAAACGUCAAAAAUGGAGAACAAACGGCGAGAAACUGCAAAUCGGCACCCUGGUGCUGCUGAAGGAGGACCACGUACCGCCGUUCUAUUGGGUCAUCGGGCGGAUAGCGAAAGUACACCCUAGUGUGGAUAACGUUGUUAGAGUGGCAACCGUCAAAACUCCAACGGGACUGUUCAAAAGAGCAGUUAAAAACCUCUGCCCAUUAUCAACGGAAGAAGAGGAUUAA